AAGCACUAUCUGUAUAAUUUCUCAAAUAUUCACAGAUCCAGACCAUGCAAGUUGAAACAACUGAAAAGAAUGAAGCACUUACAAGCAAGAUGCAGGAGCAUGCAAACUUAGUCCAUGAAAAAGAUCAGUUGGAGCAACAAUUGCUGGAAGUUAGGAAGGAACUGGAGGCUGCUUACCGUACCAUAGCUAACCAGGAAGAGCAAGCUUCAGUGAGGGAGAUAAAGUGGGAUGCGUUUAAGACGUAUUCAGCGGAUCAACUAGAAGCUGCACAAAAACACGCUGCAGAGCUGGAAGUACAAGUAUCAGCUCUAAAUCAGCAGCUGCAAGAAGCUGAGAUCCAUUACGAGAAAAAGGUUGCAAAGGAGAGUGAGAAACUCGCUCUUGUCAAUACACAGCUCAACAAGCUAACCCAAGAUGUGAGCAAGAGCGCUGAAAUGGAGAAGAGGUACAGGACCUUGAGCAGAAGUUGCAGCUUGCUCAUUCCAAAUCUGAAGAACAGGCAAAGGAUGCAGUGGUGUCAACGAGAUCCCGAGAAUUCAGCCUGGACUCGUUAGCACCGCAAAACAAACAGCACGACAUAUCUCAGGCUCCUAGCACGGCCUCCCCGAACCCGGCGCAGCAACAACUGCGGGA